GCGCGCUCCCGCCACCCUCUCCGGUGACGUGCCUGGCCGAGGCCGCGCAAGGGCGCUGGAGCUGCCACUGAGCGGCUGUCAUGGCGUCGGAGGCGCUGGCUGAGGAGAGCCGGCCGCGGUGUCUAUAGGACCAGGGGCGGGCGGCCGGGGAUGGAGAGCGGCCCUGACAGCCCGCAGCCUCUGGAACUCGGGGUGGCGGCGGGCCGGGAGUCGCCGCCGGAAGGGCGACGGCACGGCGGGCGCGAGGCUGAGGAUGGUCUCGCAGGACGCGCGGAGGAGAGCGGCGGCGGGCAGGGGGCGGCGGCCGCGCGGAGCAGCCCCGGGGACCCGACGUCCCCCUCCCAGCUGGGCUGCGGCGCGGGCUCCGACUUGAAGGACAGCGCGUCGCCGAGCCCCGCCGCCUCGGAGGCGCCCCCGAGAGGGCAGCACAAGGUGACCGCCUCCCCGGAGCUGGCCGAGGCCGCGGCUGGCCGAGGGUCGGGGCCGGUGGCCGACGCGGGCACCUGCAGGGUGGAGCAGGCGGCCGAGGAGCCCAGCAGCGCCGGCGCCCUGAGCAGCAGCUGCAGCGAGCCGAGCCCCCCUGGGGACUCGCCCAGCCUGGACUCCCUGGAGUCUUUCUCCAACCUGCAUUCUUUCCCCAGUAGCUCUGAGUUCAAUAGUGAGGAGGGAGCCGAGACCAGGGUCCCCGAAGACGUGGAGGAGGGCGCGGCGGGGCCGCCCAGGGCUGCACCUCUGUGCAAAGAGGAGGAGGAGGAGGAGGACCCGGCUCAGGUGCUAGCGGCCUCCAAAGAACGCUUUCCCGGCCAGUCGGUGUAUCACAUCAAAUGGAUCCAGUGGAAAGAGGAGAACACGCCCAUCAUCACGCAGAAUGAGAAUGGACCCUGCCCUUUGCUGGCCAUCCUCAAUGUUUUGCUUCUGGCCUGGAAGGUGAAACUUCCACCAAUGAUGGAAAUCAUAACUGCGGAGCAGCUGAUGGAAUAUUUAGGGGAUUACAUGCUUGAGGCAAAGCCAAAAGAAAUUUCAGAAAUUCAACGUGUAAAUUAUGAACAGAAUAUGAGUGAUGCUAUGGCGAUCUUGCACAAACUACAGACAGGCCUGGAUGUGAAUGUCAGGUUCACCGGGGUGCGAGUGUUCGAGUACACACCAGAGUGCAUAGUCUUCGAUCUUCUAGAUAUUCCUUUGUAUCAUGGGUGGUUAGUGGACCCUCAGAUUGAUGACAUUGUAAAAGCUGUUGGCAACUGCAGCUAUAACCAACUGGUGGAGAAGAUCAUCUCCUGUAAGCAGUCAGACAACAGCCAGUUGGUUAGUGAAGGCUUUGUAGCUGAGCAGUUUCUAAACAAUACAGCCACUCAACUGACGUACCAUGGAUUAUGUGAACUGACUUCAACGGUUCAGGAAGGAGAACUCUGUGUGUUCUUUCGGAAUAAUCAUUUUAGCACCAUGACAAAACACAAGGGUCAACUGUAUUUGUUGGUAACAGACCAGGGAUUUCUUACCGAAGAAAAAGUUGUCUGGGAAAGCCUACACAAUGUAGAUGGUGAUGGAAAUUUCUGUGACUCAGAAUUCCAUCUGCGACCUCCUUCAGAUCCUGAGACUGUGUACAAAGGUCAACAAGACCAAAUAGAUCAGGACUACCUGAUGGCACUGUCACUGCAACAAGAACAGCAGAGCCAAGAUAUCAACUGGGAGCAAAUUCCAGAAGGAAUCAGUGACCUGGAGUUGGCCAAGAAACUCCAGGAGGAGGAGGACAGACGGGCCUCUCAGUACUACCAGGAGCAGGAGCAGGCGCAGGUGGCCGUGGCUGCUGCCACCACCUCCACACCGGUCCAGCAGGCCCAGCCAGCACAAGCCUCUCCAUCAAGUGUAAAACAGCCUGGAAAUAGUGAACGGAAACGCAAGGAACCCCGGGAAAAAGACAAAGAGAAAGAAAAGGAAAAAAACAGCUGUGUGAUUUUGUAGGAAGUGUUGGCAUCUGGAAACCACCUAUGCAGAUGACGGAAAGGAAGACCCAGUACCUACCGUCUGUGCCUGAUCUCCCAAGGGAUUUUGCUCUUGUUUUCCAGGGGAAGGUUGUUACUUUGUUACAAUCAACUUUUUAAGUUACACAAUACACUCUUUAUGAGCUGGAGUUUUAUGUUACAAGUCGGAACUGUUGUGUGUUGUCACUUGUAGCCAAAUAAGUAUAUCACUCCUACUUUGUUUUUAGUGACAUGGCAACUCUAAUCAGUUAGUAAGCUACUGUGUUCUGUCUGACAAUGGAUGGAGGUCACCUGAGUGAGUCCAGUCCUUCUAAAGAUGUAAUUAUCAGCACAACUAUUUCUGAAUUUAUGUUAAAUUAUGUUCUAAUCCAUAAAAAAUGAGGAGUUUAAUAUAGGGAGAGAAAAAAAGCAGGAAUAAAUGACCCUUCAUUGUACAUUGAACUGGUUCAGCCCUUGAACAGCUUUACCUUUCUUUAGUAAUGUACAUUUUAGCUAUUAUCUUGAGAACUGAUAAUGGAGCUUGGAUCCAAUUUAGAUAGAAAAGAAUAUUUUUUAUUUUCCAGUAGCAAAAAAACAAACAAAAAAAUUACAUGACACUAAUACGUAUAACCUAUCCAAAUCAGAUACUAACUUUGUAGUGUUGUGAGAUUCUGAGGAAUUUUAACACCUUUUGGUAACCUGAAUGUUUUUUUUUUGUUUGUGUUUAUUAAGGAUGUAGUUAGCGAGUGAGGAGGAGACCACACUCAUGUUCAGCCUUGUAAAUAUGAUGGCAGAGAAGAGCAGAGUUCACUGUCUACCUUUUUCUAGAAUUACCUUGAACCUUAAAUUUUAAAUCAUGUUUAUUGCUAGAAAAUUAAGCAUAGUUAUUUAAACCAAUAAAAAGCACAUUUCUGAAGGAGAGUUGUUAAUCUCUUGACUCUAGUGGAAAAGAUAUUAAUAAAAUUCUGAACAUAGCAGGAAUCUGAAGGAAUUUAUGUAAAAGCAAUCAGAUUUUUUAACUUAUGAGAACCAAAUAAACCUAAGACAUCUUAUAUCAUUUAUAGGAUUCUGGAAGAAUAUUUACUCAGCUUUGUGAUGAGGCAGCACACAUUGUAUUUCUAGAUCCAGUUUGGAAAACUCUCCUUAACAGUCCUUUUCUAUACUUUGUAUUUGAAGUUUGUUUCAGUCAUUUUUAAAGGUUUUUGCUGGUGCAGAUAGCUGUGUGAUUUGCCCUAAGCCUCAGUAAACUUGAUCAUUCAGGAGCAUCACAAACCGAACAUCCAGUUAGAGAAUAUUUCUUGUGAUCUGGAGGCAACGAAAGACUACCCAAAAAAAGUAGUCUAGAGUUUCUUAAGACUAUUGUCAUUAACAUUCUCCAUGAUCCCAAACCAGCUGUAGGAUGAAUCUGUAUGUAAAAAGUAAAGUUUUAUUUAUGAGAAGUAUUAUUCUAAGGGAAAAAAUUCAGGGCCAUGCUGUAUCCUUUAUAUUCUUCUCUAUUACACGUCUAUUUAUGUUCUGUGUUAUUUCUUCAGAUUUCCUAUGCUAGCAUGGGAACUAAUCAGAGAACCUGCCGGGGUAUAGAAUCUGUGUAUAAAAUACUUGGUCAGUCUCUCGUUUCCAGCCCAGGGUGAGUACAAAUUGACAGCGGUCAGACCCCUUCGGGUGGGCUGACCUCAGCACAGACACCCAUGACAGACAGCACUCUGAUGAUUAAAGGAGAAAGCUCAAACCUCAGGGUUUGCUUUUGCCAGAACAGUCUAUUAUUUUAAUUUAAAAAACAAUAAACCUUGAGUGAUUUUAAAAAGUAUACUUGAGGCAUAUUUUUCCAUAAUUAUAUACAAUAUCUAUUUAUUGCCCUUGAAGAAUCUAUAUAUAGAAAUUAUUGUUAUUUUUACUAUCUUAAUUUGUUCCAAAGAUAAUACUGCCAUACUGCAUUCCCUCUAGAAGAAAAAAAGAAAACACAACUCACUCAAAACCAGCAUCUCUGCUAUCAGAUAAGUAGACGUCAACGUGCACUUAUGACAAGCAAUGCAUUGUGUUUGUUAAUCCAGUCUUUUCUUAUGUCAGAUUUCCAAGUCGGGUUUGGCUACAUUCCUGGAAUGGUCUGAUAUGACAAGAGUCAUAAUAAGAUACUUGUUUUGAUUACUGUGGGGGAAAUUAAAUGUUUGACUCUAUUAAAACAAAUUUCUGAGCUGCUUUUCUGUCCUCAAAGGUUGUCAAGGAUCUAAACUGCUGUGUGCUUAUUUCCUAUGUUCUGCUCAAGGUAGCAAGUGAUAUUCAGGCAUAUUGUUCCUUAUUUGGGUACAUAGGACAUUGAAAUGGUAUUUUGAGGGAUUUUUUUCCCCCUCACAAUACUUUGUAAUACUUGAAAUUGUUAUACAUAUCUUGCUAAUGGAUGUUAAAAUUUAAACAUUUUGGAGCUUAGUGUUUCUAGGCUCAAUUUCAGGCACAUUUGACUCAUGUGCCUCCUCAGCAUGAGAACUUCAGAGGCAGGUGGAGGAGCAAAUAUGGUCCCCGGCUUUUUUCUUGCUUUCAAAGCACAGUCUCAAGGUUAUUGGCCAGUCUUUAUUAAGGUGCACUUCUCAUGAGUAACCCAGUUGUAUUAACAGUGCUAUGACUUGUACUAGUUUAUCAAUACCUAGAAGCAUGUGUGUGUUUCUGAAGCAGGUUUCCAUGACUUCUGUUUGAGUCUCAAAGCAAAACUUCCUAUCAAAUUUAAAAGUUGUCAUUUUAAAAAUAUGCGUGCGCGCGCACACACACACACACACACACACACACAAUUUGCCUGGAAUGCUCAAGGCCCUGGGUUCAAUCCCUAGAGCAUGCAUGUGUAUACACACUGAGUAUAGUAUAAAGCAGUUAAUCAUGGCAUCGGCUUUAUGCCCAGCCAGUAUUCAUGGGUAGGAUAACUUCUUCCAUGUUUUAAGGUCAGGAUAGGAUUUGAGCAAGACAGAGGCUUAAGUUUGGGAUUAAGUUUAUAUCUGUUUUUUUUUUUUUAAGAGCUGAGGACCGAACCCAGGGCCUUGCACUUACUAGGCAAGCGUUCUACCACUAAGCUAAAUCUCUAACCCCUAUCUUGUUUUUAUUGCCUCACUUUUUUUCAGUUUGACAAUUUAUCCCCUAUUAUAUUUUGAAUUCUUCCUCAUGCUCCUUGAUCUUGGCUUACCUAAGCAAAAUAAUAUCAGAUAUAAGUUAACUAAACUCAUGUUAGCCAUUCUAUACUCACACGAUAGCUUCAUAGCAUCUUGUUUUCUGUGAAUCAUAAACUCAGUGCAGAGCCUGAGGACCAGAAGGCAGAUGGGACAGAAAGGUAUGCCUCAUGAUCACUGUGUUAGCAUGUGGACAAAUGUCAUCUGUAAAAUCCUAGCAAAUCAGGGCAGAAUUUCUAGAACUGUCUCAGUCUUGCUUAAACUUUUAGACGUGGUCUUGCUGUGCAGCCUGCUGACCUGGAAUCAACUGUUGUAGCCCUGGCUACCUUCAAACCUAGAAUCCUCCUGCCUCAGCUUUUCACUGCCAUGAUUAUAGGCAUAUAUCACCAUACCCAGCUCAUUUAAACUUUAUUUUGAAAAGCAAACAUUGCAUUUUACUUAGCUUUCUUAUUCAUUGUACCAUUUUUUUAUGAUAGAAACCUUACAGGUUUACACCUAUCACUGUCUUAGGCAUAUAAUUUAAAUUGAAAAAUUAAUGUUUGACAAAAUAAGGCAAAGACAUUAAAGAUAGUUACUUAUAUUUUACAGAAUUAGACAUGUGAAAUUCUGGAUCAUUCGAUGUUUGAAAACUUUGUCUGGGCAUAGUAAUACACACCUGUCACCCACCUUUGGGGAGGCUGAAGCAGGAGGAUCCUGAGUUCAAGGCCAACCUGGACAAGUAGUAAGACCCUGUCUCCAAAAACAAACCUGCCUUUGUCUUGUUUGGCAAUCACUGUGCACCUCAGUUUACUCUGUGUGGGGUCCUCCUCUUCCACCGCUCCCCAGUGCUCGCUUCUCUGAGCACCGAGAAUUACUGAGAUCAUCACAGACACUGCAAGUCCUCUAUUCUUGAAUGUGCAGACUUUUUGUAAUGACUUAAAUCAGUUGUUUUUUUUUUAAUGCUGUUAGAAUUUGUAGAAUUAUUUCAAAUGUGGCAUCAUGGCUUUCAAAAAUAUAUUUUGCUGUUGCUUUUGUAUUCGGAAGACUAGUCUAAAGACCAGGAGGAUUUGGUGUAGAAAAUGCACUUUACAUGUAAGACCUGUUCUCCCAGUAUCUUUUACAGAUCUAAGUGUUUCGAGCCCCUUGGUGUUCCCCUCCAGAGUAAAGCAGCAUCGGGAACUGACUGCUCUCUCCCCUGCUGUCAAUGUAGACUACUUACUUGUGGUUUAGAGUGAAAAUGAACUCUGAUGGUGUGCAAGGCAGCUGCUUUAGACAGUGAGUGAGAAAUGGUAAAAGAACGUUUGAAACUUCGAGUCCUUGGUUCUCUGAUAAUUUAGCAUCUUUUGUUACUGAUGCCCUACAUUUUUUAAACUGUUAAGAGAAAAAAUUAUGAAGAAUUGAGUUUACUUUUCUCAGUAACAGUUGAAAAUAACUUUUAAAAGUAAAAGCUCCCUGAAGGGAAUACAUUACAGAGAAGAUAAAACAGGAGGGUACCUUGCAGAAUGCUGGAAAGCUUACUUUGAAAAUUUAUCUAAAAUUUAAUUCAUGCAUGUCUUUACUUAAUCCUGGCAUUUCUGCUAUUAGGAAAUAGAGCUUAACAAAUUGAUAUAUGCAUAUAUUUUUUUACAUGUAGGAUUCUAGUUUCUAUCUUCUGAACUCAAGAAAACUAAACUCAACAAACAGGGUAUAAAUCUUCAACUCUUGCCUCAAACUCAAUGUUCCUUUGUCCUGACAAAGGUUAGUUAGACUUGUCUAAUAAGCUGGUAUCUUUUAGGGCAUGAUACAUUCCCAUUAACUAGUUGAAAUGCCAUGGCAGAGAUAGGAAACCCAAGCUUUGCCCCAGGGUAAAGUUAAAGAACAAAAACCCCCUCAUCUCAGAAAGCUCGAAUUGUAAAGACUUACUCAGCUCACAUAGGAAUUUGUCACUGGUCACCUUUUAAGUGUUCAGUCCUGCACUGUCACAUCUGGAGAGGCCAGGCGGCCCUGGAAUUAGAUGGAUGCCCAGUGCAGAGUACCGAAGGGUAGGCAGUCCUGGCUCCUGUGGCUGCAGCAGUCACUUACAGCUUUAUGUGGAAAGUCAGGGAGCCGGAGUGCCCGUUACAUCACAGACCCCUGGCGACACCUAACAGAUGUGCAGCUCCAACCCACAAAAUGAGUUAAGAUAAGAGAUUGGUGUUUCAUCCUUGAAAAUGCUGUCUGGUUUGUGGGAAUGUUUGUUGCUGUUCUUUCCCACCCAUUUUUUGUAUGACAUAACCACUGUGAAAGGAUGCAGCAUCUCUUCACUUCCCAGUUUUGUUUUUAGGGAAGCUUUGCUCUAGUAGCUUUUGUUAAGACUUGUUUUCCCUCAAUAAAAUGACAACUACUAUCACAGAUCACAUAGGACCAGAUAAUAGAAGCGUGAUGUGUGACUGCUAAAUGACAGAGGGCAUAAUUUCCCAGGAAAGUCAUUUCCUAAUGCCUGCACGUGACUCUUCCCAUGCAGAAGUUGGGCUGCAGAAGUAGGUUGAAACAUGGACUGGGAGAGCAACAAUUCAAUGGAAUGCUGACUGAAACUGUCAUUGUGAACAGUAGUAAGGAAAAGAAAUAGGUGUUGUCCCCCACGUCAGUGAGGCGAAUUUGUUGCUGACACAUGGAGCUGUGCGCUAGCUGAAAGGGGCUGUCAGAGCCGACUGUGAGGACUGGGUGCCUCUGCUCCCUUUCCUGUCUGUCCCAGCACCUCUCCUCCUUCUAACAAGUCAGUCUUCUGCUGCUGUAAAUGCAAGUGCAGAAUAAUAACACAGAAGCACUGGGCUAUGUUCCUGAAAAAAGACACCUAACAUGCACCUACCCAUCACACGGCCGAACUGAUUUCUGUGAAAGAGACUUAUUGUUUUAAAUGCUAAUUAUGUAUGCUAAGAACACCUCUAAAAAUUGUGUCUUAAAUUUCUAGUUUCACUUUUGGAAACUACUCCUGAAAAGACAUUGAAUACAGGUGGGAAAGUAUAAAAUGUUCUGACACAAUGAUUCAGUAUUAUUCAGUGUUUAAUAUCAAAUUCAUUGUUGUACCACAAGUGUAGUGUCGUUGGAUUAAAAUGUUGGAUGUUUUUGUUAAUAUACUUAAAACUGUAACCAGUGAAUAACAUCGUAGUAUUUUUUAUUAUAGAUUAUAUUUUAUUUCAAUAAACUUUGAUAUUUAGACCGAA